CUUUAACAUCUUCUUUGUGUAAAAUAAAAACUCUAAUAUAUUUUUUAAAUCUACUAUGUUUUACUGAGAAAACGCAGAAGAUUUGUAAUUGCCUUAAGAUUUUCUUCAAAGAAAAAUAUUUUAUUAAUUCUUACAUGGAAAUGAUUUCACCAAAAGAUUGGGCGCAUUUUGAAUUCAUCAACCGCACAGACCGCAAAAGUCUGUACACUCAGAUUAAGCAGCUCGUAAAAACUGCGCAAGAUGUUGCCGCCAAAGAGUUGGAGCAACGGCGCGAGGAACUACGCAGCAUGCUCGAAAGGGAAGAUUUAAUCUAUGAAGAGGAGUUUGCCAAAAAGGUGAAGUCGCGCAUCGAUGAGGACAUACAACAGCGUAAGGAUGCACUUAUCAAGAUCAAAGAGAAGCGGCGACAGAAGGAGCAGAAAUUUUUGGCAGCAAAAACUGUACAACAACAUUUUGAGAGCUGCUGUGAGCUACGUGACGCGCUGCGCCAUAAGGAAACACUACAAACUAAGGAUGCGCAACUGGAACAAAUGUUGGAUAAUCAGCGCGCUUUCAGGCGCCAACGUCAACUGGAUGACUACUGGUGUAAAGUACGCGAUGCCAAUACACAGCGUUAUGAUCAACGCCAAGCGGCAGAAAAUAAAGUGAAGUGUGACUUAAAUCGCAGUAUGCGUUGCAUGCUAGAUGAGCAAGUUGAAAUGCAUAACAGAGAGGAAGAGCGGCUACGUGAACUGAAGCAUGCGGAAGCCAAAGAGUUGGACAAACUGCUCGAGGAUCUACGUUUGGAAGAAUUUGAUCGCAUGCGACAGGGUGUGCCGGAGAAGACAGUCGCCUACCGCAACCAGCUACUGGAAAUGAUUGCAAAUAAUAAAGCAAAACGUGAUGCCGAAGAGUGUGAACGCAUCGCAGACCAUCGGCAAUUAAUGCGCGAUGUAGCGCGCGAGCAACGUGAGCACAGCGCAGCAAUGUUGCAACGCCAACGCGCCGUGUAUAAUGCGACAAUGGAAUAUUUGGAAUAUGCGCGGCGCAUGCGGGAUUUGGAAGAAAAGGCAAGGCAGGCGCGUAAUGCGCGCAUUGACGAUUUGCGACACGUAGACAUCUGCACUAAGAGCAACAUACAGCGUGAGCUGCAGCGCAAAGCGGAAAUAGCAGCGCUCUGCUAUGCUGAGUUACGCCGUCAAAUUUGUGAGGAGUACGAGCGUCGCUUGCGCGAUUUGGCUGAGCGUAGUGAGCAGAAGAUUAUGGAAAAUCGUUUUGCGCGUCCCGAAAAGACACGCGGCGAAACAAUGGCUGAACGGUUUGAGCUGCGUAAAGCACUUGACGCGCAAGUGGCCGAAAAUGCGCGCAUACACGCCGCGCAAGAAGCCAAGUAUAAUGCGGAGUUGAAGUUGGCCGUAAAUGAUUCGGAAUUUUGUAAAGAAUUAGCGGCGACAUAUUUGAGAGAGGGCAUCGACUACUUGCCACCUCAUGACAACUGGCUAAUAUACGCAUGCCCGGAAAAGAACUAUGUCAGCAAACAAAUCACGGCGAAAGCGGAAAGUAAUGUCAAAUCAGACUCUUAUGAAAAGCUUUGCGGUUGUGCUACACGCGCUGGCUUAGAAUGCACACACUUCAAUUGGUCAGCAGUUGGGCGUGGAGCCGCCGCUGUCAGAAAGCGCCGGGAACUCGAAACUUGUUGAGUUCCCCGAGGCGGCGCGUUGUUGUCCGGAAAAGAAUGCUGGAAAAUCGUUUGUAACAUAUUUAAAUAGUUUUUAUACAUAAAAAUUUUUACUUUUUUAUAUAAAUAAAUGUAAAAAUACCUUUUUUUUAAA